AGCCGGCCCGGGCGAUGCAACUUGAACACCAAUUCCGCACCACCACGAAGGGUUCUCUCUCCAUCGCUGCUUAUUGUCAAACCCUAAGGAAUCUUGCGGAUUGGUUGGAUGAUGUAGAUGCCACUGUCUCCGAACACAAACGUCGUUUCUUCAAUACCAAAUGCCUCCCCCGACCUUUCUCCAAACACGCUCGGCCCUUCUCUUAAUUGAACAACAACGGGCUGAAUUGAGCGUCGGGAGUGUCACGGGGGAUGGCGGCACGGCGUUCUACGCCGGCAGUGGAGGCCCGAGGCGGCAAGGCAGCGCAGGUGGCGGGCGGUCAGAUUCCAGCGGCGGGGGAGGCUUCGGGCAGCAGCAGGAGUACUCCCGGCACCGUGGCGGUUCAUCUCGGGGUCGUGGUCGCGGUCGUAGCUCCGGAUCGAAUGCACGGAACACCCUCGGGCAGCCCUCCGGACAGUUCACCCACCCAAACCCUAACCCGGGCCUUCUAGGCCCGCGGCCAAACCCCUACCCGCACCCCCAACACCCACAAGCCUACUUCUCUACCCCUCACCCACCCCACGGCCUUACCUUCCCCUACCCCAGCCCCUACCCGACAGCCUCCUNGCCACUCACCACAUCGCCUCGGACCCAGCGCACUGGCAGCGGCCUCUUUCUUCACCAGACACAGUUUGCUCAUGAAAUCCUGGAACGUGCCGACAUGCUCCACUGCAAGCCCAUCUCCACGCCAGUUGACACCAAAGCAAAGCUCUCAGCCACGUCCGGUACACCACUUCCGAACCCCUCCAUAUACAGAUCCAUCGUCGGCGCCUUACAGUAUCUCACUUUCACUCGGCCUGAUCUUACAUAUGCAAUCGAGCAGCUCUGCCUACACCUUCAUGCCCCCCGCAGCACCCAUCUCAUAGCUAUGAAGAGGGUUCUACGCUACAUCCAUGGCACUGCUACUCAUGGCAUCACCCUUCACAGAGUGACUUGGGCCGGUGUGAUAAAAGCCCAGAUUCUCGUCACUUGGCCUGAACGUAAAGUGAUGGUUCUGGACAACGCAAGGACGUGGAGACAUCAAGGAAAUAUGGAUGGUCAGCGGGCGGCUGCAUUAGGCGAUGACAAUCUGCGGCAAGUGACGCUGGCGGUUUCGCGACUUGACGGCCGCUGCUCAACGACGGCUCCAAUUGAGGACGGCGAUACAAUCUAGAUGGCAACAGCUAGCUGUGCGUAGGUCUAACGCGGCGGCUGCGCUCCCCUUCACUGCGGCAGCAAUUCCUCCGCAAUGACAAUGGCUCGCGACCUGUUCUGCCCUCAAUUACCCGCUGCUAAUGCCCGAUCUCGUCGGCGUCGCUCCUCGCAACUGAUUUACCCCUCGACCUAAACGGGACUCCUCAAGCCGGCGGCGGCAACUCGGCGAGCGGUUGGACGACACCUGCUUGCGAUGGAGUAACCCUAGCCAACUCUAGAACUUAAAAGAAAUCAGCCAACUCCACUACAGCAUGCUGAUGACGACGCCCACUGUUGCCAUCGUCGCUGACAGUGACGCCCACAGUCACCGCGUCCGUGCCACUAUCAACAUUUGUUUUGUAACCGUAGUAGUCGAUAAAUCCAACAAACCACGAUGAACUCCAUGCAUUUCAUUCAAAACAAAUAGUGUGAUUUUGUUGAAAACACCACUCGACAAAGUACUCCACUUUGAUGUUGGGAUAGAGGCACUUUCAUCUUAAGGCACGCUACCUCAAACCUCAAAGCUGAAAAAGUAUUUGAGCAAAGGCAAAGCACUCCUCGUAUAUUUUGCUUCUCCGACAUCUUACUGAGUUUCCCCCUCAUCUUUUUGCAAAAAGCCGCUCCACGGUGGUAAAGUCUGAUCUUGUGUGUUGGCCGAAGUGACAAUAGUCACAUUGAACCCUCGAAUAUGUUUGAAGAUCUCGAAAUGAUCUUCCAGUUCCGGGGAGAAUUCGCAAAACUAAUUUGGAACAAACAAAAAUAAGAAAACAGAAAAAAUUAA